GACACGGGGAAGUAGUACACGUUACCACGCGUGUUAACAAACACGACUUCAGCAGAAUCCGUUGUUUAGGGAAAGGAGUUAAGUUAAGGUUAGUUAAGGAAAGAGAGCGCCCAUAGUCGACGACGCCACUUCCGUUGCCAUGGCGACGAGCGAAGCGCCCCGCCGUGAGGAGCCGGGAGCCGCGGAGGAAGCUGUCCCGUUCCUGGAGAGCAUCGAGCCGGCAGAGCUGCAGAAGUGCGUGUUUGCAGAGACUCUGGCCACGGAGGACGACGGAGAGCCGGGGACCCUCCACGUCACGGUGCACUUUUCCCGCAGGGCCCUGCGGCCCUGCAUGAUGCUGGAGGUGCGGAGCCACGGAGCCGCGGACGGGGCCACGGACGGGGCCACGGACGGAGCCACGGACGGGGGCCCCUGCCGCUCAGCCGCCACAGUUUUCCUAAGUGCUGAUCUGGAGGUCUUGGAGGAAGACUACCAAGAGUGUGUCAAGCGAGAGGAUCACAGUGUAGACAAGAGGUAUCACAUGGAGCCACGUGAUGGCCAGAUGGUGAUCAAUACAGUUACUUCCAUUGGAGAGGAAGUGAUGAAGGAGGUCGUCUCUUACCCCAUGUCUUCACUGAGAGGGCUGAUCACUGAGGCUUCCAACCUGCUGUUGAUGCGUGUCUUUGCUCUGAGGAAGAAGGUGCCGGAGCACGUCGUCUUUGUCUCCUUGGACCAACAGUUACACAUAAUCCAUAACACCUAUAGUGAUCUGGGUUUGAAGCAGCUGGAAGUUGGUGGUGAGAGCCUGGAAGUGUUUGGCGUGCAGAGGGUGGUUCACCCUCUGGAGGGCAGCCCCACUACCUGGCACUGCUACUUCCUGGAUGAUGGACACUUAGCCAGUAGAGUCCAGGUGGAAUCAGCAGCCACAGUGAGGCUUCUGCAGCAGCCAUCACAGACAGAGAGAUGUUCUGAGAAGACAUCCCUUCCGUGGGAAGAAGACAUGCAGUUGUGCUCUGAAUUCCUGCAAAGAAGGGAGGAGCUGAAGGAGGACCACGCUGCAUAUCUGAGAGAGAACCCCGAGAUCAAAUCCCUCCUAUCAAAAUUCAUGAAUGUCCUGCUCCUGAACAAACCAGAAGAUGUGUACCAGUUUGCAAGAGAAUACUUCCCCCGUUUGGCCUUAGAACCUCUUCAAGAACAACCCUGAGCUCCCAAUCUACCUGGAAGGGUUUUUAAGGUCACACACCACCUCCCUAAAAACUCUAAAUGAUAUUCACGUUCAUCAUCUGCAUCGUUCUGUCUCGUGUAUUCAAAAGAAACUUGAAAGAUAAAAACAGUCAUUUUCAGGAACAUGAAACCUUCAGAAACCACAGACAAACCGCUUUUCCCCUUU